AUGGGUACUGCCUUGCAUGAAACCAACAACUCAGAGGUCCACGUGACCGAGUUCUUUCUGCUGGGAUUCCCAGGCAUUCAUGACUUCCAGCACUGGAUCUCCUUGCCUAUGGCUCUGCUUUACUUUGUAGCUCUUGGUGCCAAUAUCCUUAUCUUGAUCACCAUCUACUGUGAGCCGAACCUGCAUCAGCCAAUGUACCAGUUUCUUGGUAUCUUGGCUGCAGUAGAUAUUGGCUUGGCUACCACCAGCACCCCCAAGAUCCUGGCCAUCUUGUGGUUUGAUGCCAAGACCAUCAGCCUCCCUGAGUGUUUUGCUCAGAUCUAUGCAAUCCAUACUUUUAUGGGCAUGGAGUCAGGCAUCUUCCUAUGCAUGGCAAUAGAUAGAUACGUAGCCAUUUGUUAUCCCCUCAGGUAUCCUUCCAUAGUCACUGAAGCUUUUGUAAUCAAAGCUACACUGACCAUGCUGCUAAGGAACAGCCUGUUAUCCAUGCCAGUCCCUGUACUAGCUGCCCAGAGACAGUACUGCUCCAGAAAUGAAAUAGAUCACUGCCUUUGCUCUAACUUGGGGGUUAUUAGUCUGGCCUGUGAUGAUAUCACUGUUAACAGGGACUACCAGUUGACUUUGGCCUGGUUUAUACUUGGAAUUGACAUGAUUCUGGUCUGUGUUUCUUAUGCUUUGAUUAUUCGCUCAGUACUGAGGCUGAACUCCACUGAGGCAAUAUCUAAGGCCCUCAGUACCUGCAGCUCCCACCUCAUCCUCAUUUUGUUUUACUACACAGCUAUUGUUAUAUUAUCUGUCACUCACCUAGCAGGAAGAAGGGUUCCCCUCAUCCCUGUUCUCCUCAAUGUGUUACAUAUUGUCAUCCCUCCAUCCCUUAACCCCAUGGUAUAUGCCCUUAGGACACAGGAGCUGAAGGUGGGCUUCCAGAAGGUAUUUGUCUUGGGUGAUUAUGUAUCCAGAAAAUAA